AAUCAAUUUUCUUCAAGUUUCUUCAUCAACUGCUCCAUCGAAUUUCUCGCCGUCUGCGGUCUCAUCGGAAAUAUUCUCAACAUCAUCAUCCUGUCUCAUCAUCGCUUCAAGGAUACAACCAACAUCCUGCUGACGUCACUGUCGUGCGACGAUUUGCUUUGUUCACUGACCGAAGCCAUCUUUCGUGUACCCUACAUCAUGCAGGCAUUCUACCCGUGCCCUCCCUUUUUAAAUUUUUGUCGUCAAUACCUACUGAUCUUGAUCAACUUAGCAUUGUCACAGAGUCAACUACUAGCGGCGGUCAUCGCUGUAGAGAGACUCGCAGCCGUGUGGUUUCCCUUUCUUGUGUCACGUGUCUUCACUCCAAGACGUGUAAUGAUUUUAAUCGUCCUGCUCCACGUCAUCACAUUCUUGAUGGUUUCGCCGGGUUUCGUCCGUUAUCAUGGCAUAUGGAGGAAUGCUCAAAUAAAUAAUGUCACUAUUUACUACUUUUUCCUUAAGGACAUGAGUAAUGCAGAUCUUCAAGUCAUCAAUUGGUAUAUGGUUUUUUUUGUCAACAUAAUCUACUCCACUCUGCCACUGCUCAUCAUUCUUGUCUCUUCAACUCUAAUCAUGAUAAAAAUGCAUAUCAUCUCAAAAGAAAUGAAAAAUCGUUUAGCCUCUGGUGUGAAAUCAAAGAAGCUGAAAAUUUUGAAAGCCACCAAAAUGUUACUGGUAGUCUGUUUUUUUUCGCUGUUGGUGUGUUUCGUUACAUGUAUUUUAUAUAUAGUACCAAUGCUAAUUGAAGUUGACCAUCACUUUUUUAAGGUAUGUGAUGAAAUUACUCAUUUUUUUUCCCAACUUGAGACGGUGGUCAAUUUUAUCAUAUAUGUUUCGAUGAGCUCAAAAUUUGCCCAAACUUACAAAAAAUUGUUUUGUACUUUUUGA